AUUUUUUUCCCUAUUUAAGACACAAUAGUUUCAUUUUCAUUUUAUUUCAACACUAUAUCAUUUUUUUCUUUAAAACUAAGUCUUCUACAUGGCUCGUUCGUUGUCUUUGGUGUCCACCAUCUUUGUCUUCCUUCUUCUUGUUGCAACUAAGAUGGGCCCGAGUAUUGUGGCAGAUGCAAGGGAUUGUGAGUCACCAAGUCAAAUAUUCAAAGGAUUGUGUUUCACUGACACCAAUUGUGCUAGUGUGUGCCAUACUGAGGGUUUCCCUGGAGGAAAAUGUAAAGGCUUGCCUAAGAGAUGUAUUUGCACUAAACCUUGUUAAAAAAGUUUUAGAACGUCUCUAUGAGAGAUGGUGGUUCCAUGCCUUUUGUAAUCCUAUUUAUUUUACAAUAAUAUGAUGGAGUAAUUAAUUACA